GUUUAGCAGUGCAAUAAAAAACCUAAUUUCACAUCCCCAUUAUUGGUGCAACAUAUUCUGCAUUGCUCUCAUCGAAAUCGUGUUUUGGAAUCAGCUUUCUUUAAUAUUGUUUCUAAAUUCAGUGUUCAAUAAUAGCCUAGUUAUAUUAAUUACAAAUUUAUGACUUAAAAUUGCGUCUCCUAUGGAUAAAACAUGGCGGAUGCUACAUUGAAAUCCUAAUUGGAUUUCUUUAUCUUGCCUUUUAAUUCUAGUAACAGUACAAUAUUUAUGUUAGUUACAACUGAUAUCUUAAAAGUGAGUCUCGAAUGCACAUGGUGGAAUACAUUGAAAUGGAUACACUAGAAUUCAAAUAAAUUUCUCUUACCCUGUUUCAGUAUAAUUCAGUAAUAUAAUAAUAGUUAUAUUAGUUAAAAUAUAGAACCUAAAAUUCCGUGUUUCGAAUGGACAAAACAUGGCGGAUGCUGAAUAUAUCGAAAUAACGUCCAGUGAAAUAUCUGCAGCUAAAAAAGAUUUGGAUGAACCAGAAAAAGUGGCAAGUGAUGCAACAAGCAGUGAUGACACUUCUCAGGAUAUAGAAAUCAUUGAAAAUGUGCCCUCAGAAAAUGAUGAUUCAUCGAAUGGGAGUAACAACAUUACUGCUGAGUCAGAAACCAUCGUUACACCGGGAAAUAAUGGAAUCUCAAGCUCACGGCCGGAUUCAAUGGCUUACAUAGAAUCCAAUGAAGUUGCCACUGAGAAAGUAGGAGAAGAAAACGAAACAGAGAAGGCUGAGCAAGAUAUUGGGCAAGAAAAUAAAGUUUUUCCUGAGGAAUCAAACGCAAUUAAAGAUGUCAAUGUUACACAUAAUGAACCAGAAGUGCAACCAGCAGGCGAUGCUGAAACAUUUGAAGUUAUUCAUGGUGUUGAAGAGCAAACAAAAGAAAACGAGGAGGAAAAGAAAGCUGAUGAGAAUAAGGAGAAUGAACCAACUGAAACUAUACCAGAAGACAAGCCAACCUCACCGUUUCAUCGUUUUCGAUCGUUCAAGAGACAAGAAAAGAAGGAUCAGGCCCCGCAAGGAAGUUCAAUCACUCUGCCUUCCAUAUUCAGCGAUAUUUCUACUUCAUUUAUGUCUUUAAAAAAUAUCGGGAAACGAAAGGAUUUAAAUAUAGAUGACACCCAGCUUCAUAACAUGAACGAUGCCUCAACACCUUCACCGACCAGCUCUACAAGUUCAACAACCAUUGAACAGAUGAGAAUAGAAAGAAAGAACCUUCUAGGAAUGGCCCGACUGAGCAUUAAAGGUUUGAUAGAAUCUUCAUUGAGUGCUGGCCACACCCUCGACAGUGACCACGCCCCCUUACAGCAGUUUUUUAUCAUCAUGGAGGCCGUACUGAAACACGGAUUGAAAGCUCCAAAACUCUUCACUGGUCAUAAACUUUUCUGGGGACCUUUGGAAGCGAUUGAAAAAGUUCGAAGUGAAGCCGCAGAGAUCACUAACAGUGUCAGAGAUUUGCCUGGAAUAAAGACUCAUGCAGGCAGAGCCAGGGCUUGGUUGCGGCUUGCAUUGAUGCAGAAAAGACUUGCGGAUUAUUUCAGAACGAUGGUUGAAAAUAGAGAUGCUAUGCGAGAAUUCUAUGAGCCAGAAUCUUUGGUUCUCUCAGAAGAAGGCGUCGUACUAUCUGGUCACCUUGUUGGUUUGAACUGCAUUGAUGCCAACUUAUGUAUGAAAGGAGAUGACUUGGAUAAUCAGAAUGCAGUCAUUGACUACAGUUUAUACAUCAAAGAAGGCAAUCGGCCUUCCAUCGGCACUGAGAUUGAGUUGGCGGAAAAGGAGAGAGAAAAAGAAGAGAAUCAGAAAAAAGAAAAACAAGAGAGUCCAGAAGAAAUUAUGAGAGAAAUGGCAGAUCAGAAGAAUUAUUUGGAAGAACGCAACAGAUAUCUUGAAACAACUCUGAGUGAACUCCAGAAGAGGGCGGGGCAUACAAGCUCAUCCAAUCAACUUUUAGAGGCAGAGUUGGAAGCGGCAAAACUUACUCUUGCUACAAUGAGAGGGGAACGUAAAAAACUUCUUGAUGAAAAAGAAACCAUGGCUGCCAGUCACAAGAAAACAUUGGAGGAUCGGCAGUCAGACUUAGAUCUUGAGCGGCAAACUUUGGUUCAAUCACGGGCCGGUCUCGAUGAAAUGUUGAAUCAGGUUAAAAAGCAACUGAAGCAGGAGGCAUUGAUGAGAAUGGAAGUUGAACGGGAACUGGAAUUACAAAUCGGUCUCAAACAAGAGAUAGAAGUCGCCAUGAAGCUUUUGGAAAAAGAUAUUUAUGAUAAACAGGACUCGCUCGUCAUAUUACGAGAACAACUCGACAAUGUGAAAGGAAUUAACAUUGAUAUUUAUAAGAAAUUACAGGACAAAACAGACACGAUCGAAGCAAAAACGAAACAAAUCACAGAUUUGGAAGAGGAAACGAAACGAUUGAAUGCUGAAGCAGGAAAACUGAAAGAAAAGAUCAUUGAAGCGAAUCAACAACUAGAUGUCGCUCUAGAGCGGGCAGACAGAUUCUCACAGAACUUGGAUGAUUCAGAAAAACGAAGAAGCGCACUGGAGACAAACAUACAGAUUGAGAGAGAAUGGAGAAUCGCUUUGGAACAUAAGGAUGAAAAAGCUAUCAAACAGAUAACUCAACUUGAAACUGAACUAUCAAUGAUGCAAUUGUUGCGUCAAGAACUAGAGCAAGUUAAAAAUGAUCGAGAUGAGCUGAGGUCGACGUGUGAAGAACAGGAGAGCACGAUUCAUGACCUUGCGGAUAACCUUGGAAAAUCAAAGGAAAAAUUUCAAGAUUUGAAAGACGUUCAUAAAUCAUUUGCUGAAAAAACAUGGGAGAAAGAUAGGGAAGUGAAGAAUUGUGCUCAGUGUGAUAAGCCUUUCAGUUUGGCAAGGAGAAAGCACCAUUGUCGGAACUGCGGUCAGAUAUACUGCAAUACCUGUAGUGACAACACCAUGCCUCUUGCUUCCUCUGCUAAACCUGUGAGAGUCUGCGACUCCUGUCACACUGUACUACUUCAAAGAUAUUCAGCUGCUACUCCAUGAUUUUUUGAUUUGUUUUUUUGCGAAAAUUUAAUUUCUAUAUAUAUUUAAAGCAAAGCUCUGGUGUAUGGUAAAUUACUAUUUAAUAUGUCCAUCACAAUGAUGGCAAAAUUGCAGCUAAAUAUUAAAGGAAAUGUACUAUAUGGCCGGCGCAAGAAAUAUAAAAACCAUCAAAAUUUGGUGUGGAAUAUCAGCCUUGUAGAAAAUUUGAAAAUUAAAAAUACUUCCAAUGAUUUUGAUUAUUUUCGGUAAUGAUUCUUUUAAAAAAGAAGACAACGGAGUUGACCACAUUCAAAUAAUUAAGGCUCAGUUUCAAAAUUAAUGACAGAUGUUCAUGACUGAGUAAUAAUUUGGAGAAAAAUGUGUAGGGUUUGUGACUCCUGUCACACGGUUCUACUGCAAAGAUAUUCAGCUGCUGCGCCAUAAAUUUAAAGUCAAUUUUUCUAUUGAUAUCAAAUUUCUAUAUAUAUUUUUAAAAUGCUCAAAUUAUCUAAAUUUAGGGUAAAAUAUUGGACUCCAGAAAAUUGGAGGGAAUGUCAUAUAAACGUGUGCUCUUGAAUCAUAAACCAGACAAAAUUGAGGGUAAAAUAUCGGGCUCCAUAAAACUAAAGUAAAUAAAGUACAAACCCUUCUCAAAACUUUUUUAUCUCCUAUCUCCAUAAUAUAAGGCAAUUUCGUUAAUAUUUUUUUUUGAACUCAGCUCCUAUUCAUAUGUAUUCAAAAAAAAAAUUAAUGCCACUAAAAAUCAUAUUUGACUAGUUAUAGUCUUGAAAUUAAAAACGUAAAUUUAUGACUGACUGCUCAUGGACAGUAGAAAUUUGGAGAAAAAACGGUGAAAACUUUAAAAAUAUUUGAAUCUGUCAACAUGCACUCAGACUUCAAGUUUGGUUAGUUGUUCGACAUUCACUCAUAACUGAGUCUCAACAGUCAACACCUGACUUGAGUCAUAAUCUCGAUUUAUUUUGCUACAUUACUCGGUCUGAGCAUUUUGAACGAGCCAUUUCAUCAACUUCUCUCAGACCUCGUGCGAUUUUCAUAUAUUUUUUCGGAAUUACUAAACACUCAAAUUAUAAUAAGUGAUUUAAUACAUAGUCUAGCUAGGCACUCAGAUUGAGUCUUGAGUUAUCACAAGACUCUUAGUUGUUCCAUAAAUACAAAAAGUUCUCCAUAUUGAUUAUUUUUAAUUUUUUGUUCAUUUCUAAAAUCCUUUAAAUGUGUAAGUAACAAAUUAUUUGUUCUGUGCUUGAUGUUCUUGUAUUUACUGAUUAAUUUAAGUUUCAUUUUGAUCCCUGUGCAAUUUUAUCUUCAUUUAUUUUGUUGAAUUAUAUCGUUGUAGAGUA